AUGGCGCGGGCGGCGGGCGGCGGGCGGCGGCGGCCGAGGCGUCUCGUCCCGCGCCGGCGCCGACGGGCUCUGCGCGCGCCCCGCCCCCAACCGCCUUUAAGCGGCCGCGGGCCCCGCCCCAGCGGCGGGCGGGCGAGACCAUCGGCGCGCUCGGGGGGGGCGCCCGCGCGCCUGCCCGCGUCCCGCCGGCGAGCCGGGCCCGGGUCUCGGGCCGCCGGGAGACCUCGGUCCCCGACGCGGGGCCACGGAGGUGGGCGGGCGCGCCGGGCUGGCCGGGGAGACGCCCCAGAGCCGGGCGGCCCCCCCGCGCCGGUGGCCGGGCCCGCGCGGGUGGGGGAGGGGCGUUGGCGGGAGAUUCGGGGGCGCGCGGCGCCGACGGGCGGUGGCCCCGGCUGGCCCCUCCCAGGAGGAGGCGGGGCGGCGGCGCCGAUUGGCUCGGCCUGGCGAGGGGCGUCCGCGAUUGGCCCAGGCCCAGCGGGGCGGUCCCCGCGCUGGCGGGAACCGCGGACCCGGAAGGCCCGCGCCCGUUUUGGGGUCUCUGCGCGCGCGGGCGGCGGGCGGCUCGGUCCUCGGCCUCCGCCGUCCCGACGCCAAGCGCGCCGCACCCCCGCGGCGCCAGGGCCGCCCCCAGCCCGCGCCCGGCCCCCGCGUCCCGCGGGCCCCACGGCCCCGGGCGCGCCCUGGGCGCGGAGGGAGGCGGGGCCCCACGCGGGGGGCGAGAACCCCGGGGUCCCCGCGCAAGCCGGGAGCAUCGGGAAGACGCCCAUCAGUGCCUCAGCCACCGGCCUGCAGGGCUGCGCCCCCGAGGAAUGUCGCUGA